AUGCCAGUAAGUAACCUCGAGAUGUCUGACAUAAAAAUUAAAAAAGUAACUGUAGUUACUUGCACUACGUAUAAUUAGAGCCAUCACUAAUUCGAAAGCCGUUGUCCUCAAUGUAGAGACAGGUGCCAAGCCAAGAGAGACGACGCUGGCAUGGCCUUCUCUCCAAUAUGGGAAUAUCCUUUACUGAUGGAAUUCGCCACCUUGGCCCACCGGGUCUGGCCACACAGUGCAUGGUGCUCGGCAGUGGAGCCCCAAUUACUGAGGACCUCCUCCCCCCAGGAGACAGCCCUCAGAAGCCUGUCAUGGGGUGGACUCUCCCUGGCUUGAUCUCCAUCUUUCUGCCUGAGUUCCCACACCGUAAAUUCCCUGGGCAAGACGAUUUCCAGGUAGUCCUCCUUAACUUCAUUUGCAUUGAACACUUGGACCACAGAUGUUAUCAAUGUUUGAAGAAAAUGUUUUCAUGCUGCCUCUUCAGCAGGGUGGGGGGAAUCAAUUAUGUAAUGGUCUGUCUGAUGUAAAAAAUAAAAUUAAAAACGGUGGAACCUACCUGUAAUGAUACUAACGUUUAAUAAUAUUGCAACAUUUGAAUCUCACUUUCUCUCCAUGACAUUCAGAUCCUGGGCUUCAUAGCCAAAGGCUCUUUUGGUCCUAUUUUGAAAGUAAAGGACAGGUCGAAGGAGAAGACUUAUGCAGUUAAGGUGAAUCUCUCCUCAGCCUCCUGCCACAUCACAUUUAACCAGCACUAUAUUUCAUGUGACAUCUACACACAUCUAGUGUAUUCUAUUCCCACGGUAUUUAAUGUUCCUGUAUUGUGUUGCUCUACAGGUUUUACCCAAGUCUGAGAUACUGAAGCAUGGGGUCCUGGAACAGUCAAAGGAGGAGGUCAUCAUUCAGGUAGGUCACACUGCAGGAUGACCUGGAAAGCUGCUAUCCUGAGCAGGCUUUAGCUUAGGGCCUGACUUAGUUUAGGGGAUAACAUGCUGGAAACAAUGACUCACUGAGCUAUAACAAUGACUAUGACAAUUAUCCCUAUGAGCAUCUGUGCAACAACAAGCAUGGUCCCAUGGAACUUUUGCUAUAAAAAACAACAACCUUUGCCAUCAUUGAAGAUACCUGGUUGCAUUCAGAUCCCUCCUAAAUCACAUUGUUCUAGUGAGUGUCUUUGCUGACAUCCACACUGUUGCUGCUGCUGUGUGUGUUGCCUGUUGCGUUGCAGCGGCAGGUCAGCCACCCAUUCCUCCACAAUCUGCAGGACUGCUGGCAGACCCAGCGCCACCUCUUCAUUAGUGAGUGACUAAUGUGAUAUAGCUAGAUCCCUCCUUCCCCUUUGUUUUAUUCUCUCCUCUCUUUACCCUCCCUGUGUCUCACGUAGGAGCUUCCCACUGGGCACAGACAUCAAGUCAACGUCUAUUCCAUGUUGGUUCAACGUAAUUUCAUUGAAAUGACGUGGAAACAACGUUGAUUCAACCAGUGUGUGCCCAGUGGGUUGUCUCGCUCUCCCUAACAGGAGUGUCUACGAUGGCAUUGACUGGCCUUGCUGCUAUUCAGUGUUGUCUCCCUCAGUUUGAGCCCCAUGACUCGUCUGAAGAAUUAUACUGCCAUCUACUGAGAUUUCAGGGUGUAGCAUACAUUCCUGUGGCUUCUGAACCAGUUUACCCUUCCUUUGAUUUAUUAAUAACACCCUUAUUAGUGGAUAAUGGCAUGUUUGAGUUCAUUUGUGUCUCUGACUGACAGUUAGCUCCUUCCCCAGCAUCACCCCUUCCUACGCUUCCCCCAGCCUUAAAAAACGUCCAACUGUGUGACUUCCGACAAUUGAUCGUUUUCUCCUAUUGCUUCUCUCCUCCAUUGCUCCUUCCUUUUCAAGUGCUUGUGUUUCAGCAGGGGUCAUCUACUCCCAGCCCUGGAUCAGUGUACUGUGCAUAGCCUUGUUAUGUUCUAAGAUAGAUCAUUGUGUGUGACUGUGUCUGUCUUCCCACAGUGUGUGACUACUGCAGUACUGGAGACCUGUAUACCUACUGGUUACUGAAGGGCCAGUUUGGGGAGGAUGAGGCUCGGGUGUUCGCUGCAGAGCUAGGCUGUGCUUUGGGUGAGUGUCCCUCGUGUGUAUAUGCACAAUAUAGUUCUGCAAAAUGUGUAUGAAAUCAUUGUUUAAGUUUCACCUUUACUUGGAUUAUAAUGUGUGUGUCUGAUCGGUAGGUUUCCUUCACGACUUUGGGAUCAUGCAUAGGGAUGUGAAGGUAUGAACAUUUGUUUGAUAAUGAACAUUAUACUUUAUACAUAACUUAUGCUUUCUUGCAUCUAAAUAACUUAUUUAUAACUUCACAGAAAAGUUUAUAAUCAUCUGAUUUUUCUGGAUUUUUUAGAUGGAGAAUGUCCUUCUGUCUGACCAAGGUAAUGCUAGCUUAAAUUAUAUAUUAAUAUAUAAUAUAUGCCAUUUAGCAGACACUUUUAUCCAAAGCAACUUAGUCAUGCAUGUGUAGCACAUGGGGAUGUGUGAAACAGCCUUUAGUGUCCCGCUUGUGUCACCUCAUUAGCUGUCUUUUGAGGUGGCGUGAUUGGCUAAGACACUUGAGGGAGGACGGUCACGUGUUUGUGAGGCAGAGAUUCUGAGUUCGUGCCAGGUAUGGGCCGAAUCGGGAGGAAGUAGUACUCGCUAAGCAAGCAGCGUGAUGUCUUUUACACAUGCAUACAUUUUACGUAGGGUUUAGUUUACUUUCUACUGCAAUAAAAUAUAAGAGAACAAUAGAGGGCCUUAUAAUACAGUGGACACUUCAGGAUUGUUGUUGUAUGGAAUAUUCUGGAAGAUAUCGGUUUAUAGUGAAACUAGUUUAAGCUUCAUAUUUGUCAGGUAGAAAAAACGGAAUUGGAUUUGUGAAGUACUGUAUGUAAAAUACUACUGUAUCUAUUUGAUGCAGGUCAUCUGCGUUUAACUGACUUUGGACUCUCUCGCCGUCUUGAGCGUGGCGCAAGAGCAUUUACAAUUUGUGGGACAAUCCAAUAUAUGGGUGAGAUGCUUGGGAUCAGGCAAAGUUAAUGGUCACUACACAUUAAGCACCUAUUAUAAUCUCACUGUGAUGGUCCUCUGUCUGAACAGCUCCUGAAGUCCUGAGUGGGGGUCCCUACAGCCAUGCUGCUGAUUGGUGGUCUCUCGGCGUUCUGUUGUUCUCAUUGGUGACUGGAAAGGUGCUGUCACCACCACAGUUCAUCAUCUUAAUUAACUGAAUAUGUGAUGAUUUAAUAGUUGUUAGAAAGGUUGUUUUUCUUCUUCUUUUAAUCUCAGUCCUGUCAUGCAAAUCUAAAUGCUCGUCUAGAGAUGUUGUUGAUGCUAAUUCUGUCCAUGACACCUCCAUAGUUCCCUGUGCCUCCAGAGCCAGACCACUGCAACAUGCUGAGAAAGGUCAGAGACUGCCCAUACUCCAUGCCCAAGACCUUCAACCCUGCACUGGCCCUUCUGCUCACAGAGGUCAGAGGUCAUCUGUAGUGGGAUUGUCUCAGAUUGGGAAACACAUUCACCUUUUAAACAGAAUAUCAACAAAUUCUCAAUGCUCUUCUUUCUUUCUUUCUCUAUCCUGUUUGUGACUCCAGCUCCUAUGCAAGAACCCAGCUCAUCGCCUGCGUAGCCUGGAGCGCUUCAAAAGGCAGACAUUUUUCCGUGGCACUUCCUUUGACUCUCAGCUGCUACAGAAGAGACCUGUUGAACUAAUUCUAGAACUGAAGAACCAUCCUGAUCGUCUAGCCAAAGCCAUGCGAGGCCUGUCUAUGGACUACUUCCAGAACUUUGACUGUGACAUCCUCCACUCCCCUACCAGCCCCACUGACUUGUCACCAACUUUGGCCAACAUUGACCUGAGCCAGACCCUGGCUACAGCGCAGGGUUUAAGCACAUGA